AUGACUGAGCAAGGAGAAACACCAGAAAUGACGAUUAUUAGCUCGACUAUUAAGAGCGCUGUUCAAACAGCAAAGUCGUACUCGAAAUUGUCAACACCAAUGACAAAUUUACCUCAACGGAGCCAUAUACCAAUACCCUUGAGGACCAAUAUCUUAAUUGUUGGAGGUGCAUAUGCUGGAAUAGCUGCAUUACGGGCCUUGCAAGUGAACUUGACAUCACGUAUCCCUAAAGAUGGCAACAAGAUUAGUAUAACUUUGGUGGAACCCAAAGAUGGGUUAUUGAACAUUUUGGGUAUUUCACGAUCCAUAGUUAGUCCACAAUUUGCUCAAACGCAAUAUGUUUCAUUUAAUAAAUUGGACCACAUAAGAUUUAAUAGUAUCAUAUCUGACGAUGAUAGUGAGGAACAUUAUGACCCAUCGUGGUUUAGCAAAGACGACGAACAGUUGCAAUUGAAUUUUAUUCAUGGUCGUAUAACGUCCUUGGAUUUACUGUCAGCUGAGUAUACAUUGAACAACUCAACUACCACAACAGGUAAAAUUGAUUUUGAUUAUGUAAUCAUGGCAAGCGGAAGAGAUCGCAAUUGGCCCACUACUCCACUAGCAAAUACCCAGCAGCAAUUCCUAGACGAAGUUGGUCGAGCUAAGGAGCAAAUUGAAAAUGCAAAUAUCAUAUCGAUUAUCGGAGCUGGCGCAGUAGGCACUGAGAUAGCUGGAGAUAUCAAGACCGCAUACCCCGACAAAACAGUCAAUUUAAUUCAUCCCCAUGAGCAUUUCCCACCCGAACCGUUGAGUUUAGAAUUUAAAACAAUGGUUCAAGAUUCAAUUGAGAGGGCCGGUGUCAACAUUUAUCUCAACACUAGGAUUGAAAAAGUAUUGGACAAUAACAAUUUACUCACCACCACGCAAAAGAUUAUUGAAUCGGAAUUGAAUUUCCAUUGUUGUUCCAAACACAACAACACAUCAUUCUUACCACAACAACUUCAAAACCACAUAAUCAAUGGACAAGUAAACACUAAUGACUACCUACAACUAACAACCCCCCAAAACCAACACUCUCAAGAGAACUUCUUUGUUAUCGGCGAUUUGGUCAAUUUCCCCAUUAUAAAAUCUGCUGGAUGGGCCAUGUAUAUGGGUCGUCAAGUAGCCAACAACAUUACAAGUUUAAUAUUUGACGGAGUAUUGGUUGAAACUAUGCCAGAUUUAUCGAAAAUGCCAUAUGGAAUGGUUAUAGUUGGUGGUAAUGAAGAGAUUAUUAGUGAGUUGCUGGGUGAUGUGCAGUUGAAUCAUGAGGGGUAUAAGAAAGAGUAUCUUGAUUAUUGUAUUGGUAAAGUAAGAGCUACAUUGGAUGUAUAG